AAUCCGUGUUCAGAAUAAACAGAACCCUUAUCUGUGAUUAGUUUAGCUGCAGAAGAUCAAUAUUUAAUGAAUGGCAUUUUAUUUCAAAGCAUUUAUUCCUCCACAAUCAUGUGGAUUGCUUAUGAUUUUUAUUUUUUUAAAUUACCAAUAUAUUAGCCCCAGACUCGUUAAAAACGCCACAAACACUUCAGUAUAGGCAUUUAAUGUUUUUCUGGUGCUGGAGAGGCCAAAUUUCAAAAUAUAUGGAAUAUAUUGGGUUCUGUGAAGUACUAUAGUCAGUAUUCUGUGCUCCUAUACAUAAGAGCUGUUUUUGUAUAAAUAAAAUUUGGUGUACAUUUGAACUAUGUUGAAUUAUAAAUGCUCUGGUUAUUAGCUUUGCAAAGAUAUGAACAACACAAACAGAAUUGUGUGUGUGUUUUGCUCUGUGUGUGUGUACUUGAAGAAAAAUAAAAUGCAGCUGGACAGCUACAGUUAUGGAAGCAGCCUCUGCGAUGGAUCAAACUCUAACGACAUUACAGAUAUUAAAGAAGAAGACUACCUCUACUGUGAGGUUUGUAAGUCCUCCUUCAUGAAGGAGUGUGAGGUUCACGGUGCGGCGCUCUUCGUCCCUGACACCCCUGUUCCCAUGGGGGUAUCCGAUCGAGCCAGACAAACCCUUCCAGCUGGUCUAGAACUUCGGAAGUCCAGUAUUCCUGACUCGGGCCUGGGAGUGUUCAAUAAGGGGGACACGGUUCCGGUUGGUGUUCACUUCGGGCCGUAUCAGGGAGAGCUGGUAGACCGAGAGGAAGCCAUGAACAGUGCCUACUCUUGGGUGAUAAGCAAGGGCAGACAAUGUGAAGAAUACAUAGACGCCAGAAACGAGAAGCAUGCUAACUGGAUGAGGUAUGUAAAUUGUGCUCGUGAUGAAGAAGAGCAGAAUCUGGUGGCGUUUCAGUAUCGAGGAGGGAUUCUCUACCGCUGUUGUCAAUCCAUUAAACCAGGACAAGAGCUCUUGGUGUGGUACCAAGAGGAUUAUUCCAAAGAUCUCUGCGUUACUUUGGAUUACCUCAGGAAGAAAAAGUGCUCCUUCAAUGAAGUGAAAGACACCUUAUUGCAAGUCAUCUCCUGCUCCUUGUGCUCAGUGUCUUAUUCAGGUCGAAUUUACUUCGACAACCACAUGAGGAGAUGCCACUAUGAGGAGUUUGUGAGACAACAAAAAUCGGGACUGAUUAAAUAUGAUGAUGUGAAGGCCACAGAAAGGUCCAAUAGUCAGCAGAUCUCUUGUAGUUUCUCUCAUGGAGAGAAUCAGGAAGCAGUUUAUCUCUGCUCAGAGUGUGGGAAGAGUUUCACUUACCAGAGUAAUCUCAGACAACACCAACGCAUCCACACUGCAGAGAAACCAUAUGACUGCUCAGAGUGUGGAAAGACUUUCAAUCACCUGAGCAAUUUCCAGCGACACCGGCGUGUCCACACGGGAGAGAAACCAUUUCAAUGCUCAGAGUGUGGAAAGAGUUUUACUCAAAAGAGCCAUCUCAAACUACACCAGCGCAUUCACACGGGAGAGAAACCGUUUCAGUGCUCGGAGUGCGGGAAGAGUUUUACAGAACUGAGUGCUCUCCAGCAACACCAGCUCAUUCACACAGGAGUAAAAUCACAUCACUGUUCACAGUGUGGAAAGACUUUCAAUCACCCGAGCAAUUUCCAGCGACACCAGCGCGUCCACACGGGAGAGAAACCGUUUCCCUGCUCUCAGUGUGGAAAGAGUUUUACUCAAAAGAGCCAUCUCAAACUACACCAGCGUAUUCACACGGGAGAGAAACCGUUUCAGUGCUCGGAGUGCGGGAAGAGUUUUACUCACCAGUAUCCUCUCCAACAACACCAGCGUAUCCACACCGGAGAGAAGCCGUACCACUGCUUGUACUGUGGGAGAAGUUUCAAUCAUCAGAGCUCUCUCAAGGAGCACCAGCGUAUCCACACAGGGGAGAAGCCGUACAGCUGCUCAGAGUGCAGGAAGAGCUUUACUCACCUGAAAGGUCUCCAGCAGCACCUGCACACUCACAAUGGAGAGAAACCAUUCCACUGUCGACAGUGUGGAAAGAGCUUUACAGAGCAGAGAACCCUGCGCCGACACCAGCGCAUUCACACCGGAGAGAAGCCGUAUCACUGUGCUCAGUGUGGGAAGAGUUUUACUUACCAUAGUAGUCUGCAGCGCCACCAACAGAUUCACACAGGAGUGAAGCCAUAUUACUGCUCACAGUGUGGAAAGACUUUUACUCACCAGAGCGGUCUGCAGAGACACCAGCGCAUUCACACGGGAGAGAAGCCAUAUCGCUGCUCACUGUGUGGAAAGAGCUUUACUCAAAACAGCCAUCGGAAACAACACGAGCGUCUUCACGCGGGAGGACGUUUCGAUUACUCGAGCUCACUAAAGACACUUAAUUGUCCUAAUACAGAGAUGUGAAACCUUAAAUAGAGAUCAUUCCUGUCAUAUUCACUACAGCAGGGUUCUCAAAGUGGGGUCAGAAGCAAGUAGGACUACAACGGGUGGGUUCUCACCCUUUAUUCGGCCGGUGUCCCCAUUUUAAAGGCUUGUAAUUCCUGUAUUUUUUUUUUAGUGUUUCUAGCUUGAAAAUGAGACCAUGCCACACAAAUAUAAGCUUCUCUUUAUUUUAAAUAGCCAAAUGAAGGAUAAUGAAAUGUUAAUAGAGGAUUUCAUGGAGUUUUUUUUGUGAUUGUCGCGGACAUUAAUGCUUGAUUUUUUUCAAAAUUUGCCAUGCAAUUUGAAAACUGCUUGAAUUGCAGGAGAUUGUUUUGCUCAGGUUUUCGCAGUCAUGUUUGUUGGUAAACGAGAGCUUUUAGCUGUACUCUUGUUCGACACACAUGAAUCGAAGAGGGCUUUGGCUGAAUGAGCGUCGUGAUGAUGUCACAUGACGCGUCUCAGCCCAAAUCUGCGGAAAAUCUGGGGAAAACUCUGAAAAAUUGCAAGCUCCUGCGAAUAUUCCUUGAUUUUGCGUUCAUUUUUGUGCAAAAUUCAGGAGGGACUGAAUAAUAAUAAUAAUCUGGCACUUUUAAUUAUUAUUAUCAUUAAGUAUUCCAUAAACCAUGUUCCUGUGAACACAUCUAUAUCUCAAGAGACCCCAAAGGUGAGAACCUAUAGACUGUAAAUAAUGUAAAUUUGAACCUACUCAGUUUUCUUAGUGGAAGGUUCUGGAAUUUAUUAUUUUUUAAAGCUCUAUGGUUUUAAUAAAUAGGAUAAAUUUUAUUGUAUAUAUUUUAAUAAUGUUUAUGAAGUAAAUCUGAACUGAGGGGGUCCAGGGGAACAGUUUGAGAAGUCCUGCACUGCAGUACAGGUCUGUUUGUGUUGAACGUGCAGGAAGGGGUGAUUUUAAUGUACUGUAUUAGUUAAUUAUCAAUCAUCACUACUGAAGACUUUUGCCCGUUCAUAUUGUUCUGUAAUCUGUAAUGUCCCAUUGUUACAAACAUUUAAUUGUUGUUUUGUUUAUUUUAAAUUGAUGUUAGAAGUGGUUAGUUAGUGUCAUGGGAUCAGUCCGCCAGAAGGACCAUCAGCAGGUAAAGGUUCUAGUACAGAAAUAGAAUAGAGAUUUCUUUCUCUUUUUUUCAGACAUCAGUGACUUAACCAUCAGUUGAUGGUGGCAUUAACAAAGUACCUAAACUGGAGCAGAGGAAGAUGGCACUGGGAGGAGCCAGGACUUGGCAGUGGAACUAAUAUCUAACUACCUAAAGCUACUGUAGAUUAACGAGACCACUGGUCGUAGUCAUCAGGCAGUCAAUGAGAAUAGAGCAAUAGCCUGAAGACCUCAUGAUCAUAGAAGUAGGAUCCAGCCAAGAGCCAGGGCUUGUAGACAUCAGAUAGGAGCAGGAACUUGUGCACCUCAGGGCAGGUACCCCAUGAUUGUGGUGGCAUGAGAGGUAAGAAAAGACAAAGCUGUUCAGUAUAGUGUAGUAGACCUAUUUAUAAAGGUUAGCUCUAGCCUUAUGGAGACACCACCAUCAAAUAUUAGAACCCAAUAGAACUUCCUAGAAUUUUCUAAUCAUUUUAAUGUGUUUAAUGGUUUGAAGUGGUAGUUUGGUGUUGUUUCUAAUGGUUACUGAUGCACUGCUCAGUUCUGGUGAUAAUUACCAGCAACCAAAAAUGAAAACAUUAUCAUUUAGCAUAUUUGACCUUUUAAUAAAUAAUAUUUAGACAUAAUAAAUAAAUAAUGAAUUGCUUACAAGA